AUGGCGCCUCUGAGAUGGAGUUCUGCCUUGCUGCUCCUGAUAGCCGCAGGAAAGUUUGCGCAUUCUGAGGAGGAGCCGUCGGUGGAAGAUAUUGUGAGGCAUCGGCUAUUGACUGGUUUCAAGGAAGGAUGUGAUGCAGAAGCAAGUACUGUAAGAAGCCUUCAGAGCGCAGUGAAGACAGCAUAUGGAGAUAUGCGCAAGCGGGAGGGCAGAUCCCCGCUGUCCGAAGACUCGCUGUACACGGAGGUUCAGGAAACCUUUGCACAGGACAACUCGGCUUACACGCAGAAGCUGAUGACCUUCCGAGUGCGCAAGCAUUCUGAAGCUGGAGAUGGGCAGCUGUUGGGGACCUUAGCGGAGGAAGGAGCCGAAGAUAAGUGCUCAGUCGUGCGGCUACACCUUAAGAAGGUGGGCGUUAGUGUUCUUUCCUUGGCGGAGUGCCCCAUGGUGGCUUCCGACAUGGACGUCGCCGUUUCAGCAUUUGAAGAUGACGACUGUACAUCCUUCGUGGAGCGUGAUGCUGUCGUGCACCUUUACCCCACGUUUGAAGGGCCUCCCCACCCUGAACAGGCACAGCAAACAAUCGGGCCUUCCAAAACAUUCGACUCUCCUUUGGCGUACUGGCUGGAAGUGACGGGCGUCGACAGAGCCUGGAGUAGACACAGCUGCGUAAGAGAUGUCGUUGUAGGGGUCAUCGAUACUGGGGUGGCCACGUCGCACCCGGAUCUGCGAUCAAAUAUGUGGCAAAACGAGUAUGAGGUCCCAGGAAACGGUAUCGACGACGACCGAAACGGCUACGUCGAUGACGUGAAUGGAUACGAUUUUUAUUUGAAGCGGCCAGCCGUAACAGACGGCCACGGGCAUGGCACUCACGUUGCCGGUAUCAUCGGUGCAGUUCCUACCACCACUGCCGCCCGCGGGGUGUGCAAGAAUGUGAGCAUUGCAGGUCUUCGCUUCUUGGACAGUCAAGGCUCUGGUGCGACAUCGGAUGCGAUCGAAGCGAUAAACUACGCCAUUGAGAUGGAUUUCCACAUGACAAGCAACUCUUGGGGCGGCCCAGAUGUCUCAAGUGGACUGCUUCAGGCGAUCAAGCGCGCCUCGGCAGUUGACCAGCUCUUCGUUGCCGCUGCUGGAAAUAGCGGGAACAACGCAGAUACCUUCCCCGAGUAUCCUGCUGCUUACAGGGUGGAAAAUAUAAUUUCUGUAGCAGCCACAGAUGAAUCAGAUCGUCUAGCUAAUUUCAGCAACUACGGGAAACAUGCUGUGCACAUUGCUGCCCCUGGUGUUUUCAUUUAUUCCACAUUUCCUCCUGCCACCGCCAAAACACUUUCAGGAACUUCAAUGGCUACCCCAGUAAUUUCUGGUGUUGCAGCCAUGCUAUUAUCGAUCCGUCCAAUGGCGGUUUCAGAGGUGAAGGAGUUGCUUUUCGGCACUGCGGAGAGGCCAAGAUCGCUCAAAGAUAAGCUGAUUACCAACGGAAGGGUUAACGCAGCAUUUGCAAUGUGUAUGGCUGACUUGAAAGGGCAGACAAGGGAGUUCUCCACUGGCAAGCCUCGCACCUUGAUAGCCUUUAAAGCUGAAUGCCGCUUACGCCGCUCAGCCUGGAAUCCGGUGGCAUCUGAAUUCCUGCUUUCUGCAAGGGAAAGCAUGUCUCUAGAGGCACUCUCUUUUGGGGUACUUGUAGGAUAA